AUGAGCAAACCAAUCAACACUCAGCAAUCGCUGCCAGUGGGAUCUGCGCAGACCUACUUCAAGAACCAGAGUGUUGUUGCUUACCAAGAAAAAGAUUCAAAGCAGGGCGGCUCCUCUGCAUCCUCAUCUUCACAGUCAUCGAUCAAAAACAUUGCCUGGAACAGUACAGGUACUCGAAUUGCCGUGGCAUACAGCGAUGCGCGAAUCCGGGUAUGGAUUGCCGGAAAUACCGAGGUCAACACGUCGACAGAAAUCCCAUACUCCUCAAGCAAGUCUCAAAAGGCUGUAGUGGGCCUGGCAUGGUCUCCCAUCAGUCCCGAUCAGCUCGCUACUUGCAGUCUCGACGGAACUCUCAAGGUGUGGGACACAAGAACAAAAACGCUGCUUGCAUCCGUGAACACCGGAGCCGACAAUCUAGCCUGCUUGUGGUCUCCCUGUGGUCGGUACAUAUCGGUGUUAAGACGAGACAAUGCGAUCCUGUGGUACGCGCCUUCUUUCAACGGAGAAGUGGCUGAACCAGCACCCAGCACAAACAUCGGAGGACGUCAGAAUGGAGGAAAGGACUCGCAAAGAUCGCGAGGGGCACCCAAGAUCGCCAUUGGUGCAAUGGAAGCGUUUGGAAACCCCAUUGCUGCAUACAAGGAAUCUCCCUACGAAAUUUUCGCGGCAACUUGGACAAACACAACUGCUGUCAUGGCCAUUACAAUGGGAAUUGGUGUGGUGAAGCUGCUCAAGCUGAAUCUCCAGACUGCUGCUACUUCUGAAGAGGUCGAAAAGGUGGUUACUUCUUCCCAAUCAUUAAGCACGUCUAAUGUGACCACUCUGUUUGAGCUUCUAGGACACACAACAGCCGCGAACUGUGUCAAACCUGAUCCUCAAGGCCGUUAUAUUGCUGUGGGUGGCAAUGAAGGCAUUGUUUCGUUGUGGGAUACCAAAGAGUUGGUAUGUGUCAAGACACUGUCCAAGCACGACCAACCGGUCGUUUCUCUCGAUUUUUCGCAUGAUGGAGACUACAUUGCCGUCGGGUAUGACAACAACGAUAUCCCUGUGGACAUUGUACAUGUGGACACUGGAAAAUUUGUGCAUGCUGUUUCUCGUCCGAGAUGGACAGGGCUCCCAGUGGUGGCAUGGAGCCCGGUGAAGUACAACCUGGCAUUUUCUGGGGACGUUGCGGGUCUGAAUGUGAUUACUGUAGGAGGUAAUAGGCCGAGUGGUUACUAG